GUCGCUUGUUUCCUGGGCAACACCCCUUUACGGUGUAUUUAAACAGGCGCGCCUCUCUCCUCAAAGCGAGCGCGGGGAUCGAGAGAGAACGCCUGAAGGACAAACGCGAAUCCGCUCUCCGAGAAUAACAUCGACUGCCAUCGACUUUAGCCAACAUGCGUGCGAUGAUUUUUACGAACGCCCACCUCCUUCUACUGAUUGUUUGCAUGGCCCUGGCUCAGGACUGCUCCCAGCCCUGUUCCUGCCCCUCUGAAGCGGCCCCCUGUGCGGUGGGCAGCAGCCUGGUUCUGGACGGGUGUGGCUGCUGCAGGGUGUGUGCCAGGCAGGCGGGCGAGCCCUGCUCUCUCUGGGAGCCCUGCGACCACCACAAGCAGCUGUACUGCCACUACCCCCCCCAGAGCGACCGCCCCCCCCCCCAGAGCGACCGCCCCGCCCCCCAGAGUGACCGCCUCCCAGCCGUCUGCAUGGCACGGGAAGGCCAGUCAUGUGACCUGGGCGGAGUGGCGUACCGCAGUGGCGAGGAGUUCCAGCCCAGCUGUGACCUCCGCUGCGUCUGUCUGAGCGGAGAGAUCGGCUGCGUACCCACGUGCCCCGGCGCCCGGGGCCCGCCCCCCGCCCGCUGCCCCGCCCCCCGCCGUGUGACCGUCCCCGGCCAAUGCUGCGAGGACUGGGCCUGUGACCCCGCCCCCCAGGACAGUCCGUUCCAGGGCGCCAUGGCUGCUACGUCCAGAAAGAUGUACAGGGAGGCGGGACUGGGGGCGGAGCUGGAGAGUGGGCGGGAUAACUGCAUCGCUCAGACCACGCCCUGGAGCGAGUGCUCCGCCUCUUGUGGGAUGGGCGUCUCCGCCCGCGUUACCAACGACAACCAGCACUGCCAGCUGGAGAAACAGAACCGCCUCUGCCUGCUCCGCCCCUGCCACGCCCACCAGCAGAGCGCCAUCAAGAGGGGCAGGAGGUGCGUGCGCUCCCUCAGGUCCGUGGGUCCGGUGCGGUUCUCCCUGUCGGGGUGCCGCAGUGUCCGGGCGUUCCGGCUGCGGUUCUGUGGCGUGUGCCGGGAUGGGCGGUGCUGCCGGGCCCAGAGCUCGCUGACCCGGCAGGUGGAGUUCCGCUGUCCCGAGGGCGGGCGCUUCCUCCGCAGCGUUAUGUUCAUCCGCACCUGCACCUGCCACAGCGACCUGUGUCCCCGUGACAACGACAUCUUCCACUCUCCACACCUGCGGCCCCUGGGCGGAGACUACCUCAUCAGCAUGUCACCCCGCCCUGACCACGGCCUCCCGCACUGACCACGCCCCCGCGGCCUGACCACGCCCCCACAGCCUGACCACAAA